GAAAUAUUUGUGUGUUCAUUGCACUGUGGUAUGGUUUGUGUCAGCUCCAGUAAAAGAGCAACCUGACUGGUCGGUAUACAUAGUAAACCUGAAUCCCCAAUCUCUUGGGAAAGGAAUAAGCUUGUCUAGCCACUAACAUGUCUGUAGAAGUUGACCUGAGCGGGGUGAAUGGUGAGACGGCCCCGCCGAAGUUGCACCUUCUUCCGUGCGAGAUAGAACACACCGGGCCCGCGCAGGUAGCCCAGUAUUUCACACCGAGCAUAAGAGACAAUGGACAAGGAGUACUCCAAGCAUCGUUUCGUGGACGGGAGCUGAGAGGAGGGACCGUUAGCCUGCCAGACGGUUACACUGGAUUGGUUCUGAAGGAAAAACACAAGGCAGUAUCAGAUGAGGAGGCCAGAGUUUUCCAUGCAGGGCAGAAAUUCCAGGAGUUCACCUACUGGAACAUGGAGACCCCUCCCAGUAGGAAUGAUGCUCUGCAGAAGGCCAUGCAUUGGCUGGACAUCUCCAAGGCAAUUCAUGCACCUGUGGACAGGAACAUCAGCCAAAAUGGUUCACACACCAGAGUCAAACUUGAAGAUUCAUCACCAUAGUAGUUUUUAAGAAAGUUUUGCACUGUACCUCUAGAGUGCUAGUAAUUGUUCAUGUUGGUUAUUCUAAGAAAACAUUACAU